AUGUUCAGCCUGAAUGGUGCCAGAAGUGAGGGAUAUGUCCAAGAGCUGUUCCAUGAGGAAGCACAGCAGGUAUCUCAAACGCAGACCAAGCCCUGGUGGAAGAUCCAGCUGUUUGUGUGGGAGCCGGUGCUUUUUGGAACGUGGGAUGGCGUUUUCACCUCCUGCAUGAUCAACAUCUUUGGAGUGGUUCUCUUCCUGAGGACGGGAUGGCUCGUGGGAAACACCGGCAUUGUGAUGGGCAUGUUUCUGGUGUCCUUUGUCAUCCUGGUUGCCCUGGUGACGGUCUUAUCUGGAAUUGGGGUGUGUGAGAAGUGCAGCAUUGGAAGUGGGGGAGUGUACUCCAUGAUUUCUACUGUCCUUGGAGGUCAAGUAGGGGGGACCAUUGGCCUCCUUUAUAUUUUUGGCCAGUGCGUUGCAGGUGCCAUGUACAUCACUGGCUUUGCAGAGUCCAUCGCGGACGUCCUGAGCCUCAGCAACAUCUGGGCAGUGCGCGGGAUCUCCCUGGCUGUGCUGCUGGGCCUGCUGGGGAUCAACCUGGCCGGGGUGAAGUGGAUCAUCAGGCUCCAGCUCCUGCUGCUCUUCCUGCUGGCUAUCUCAACGCUGGACUUUGUCAUCGGGUCCUUUACGCACCUUGAUCCAGAGCACGGCUUCGUCGGCUACUCUGAAGAGCUUAUGUUCAACAACACGCUGCCGGACUACAGCCAGGGGGAGUCCUUCUUCACUGUUUUUGGAGUGUUUUUCCCCGCUGCCACAGGUGUGAUGGCUGGGUUCAAUAUGAGCGGAGAUCUCCAGAAGCCUGCUGCCAACAUCCCCCUGGGGUCUCUGGCUGCUAUUGGCACCUCAUGGUUUCUGUACAUGGUCUUUGUUUUUUUGCUGGGAGCCAUUUGUACCCGCCAGUCACUCCGCUAUGACUUCAUGAUAGCAGAAAAGGUAUCCUUGGUGGGUUUCUUGUUUUUGCUAGGGCUGUACAUCUCGUCCCUGGCCUCCUGCAUGGGAGGGCUCUAUGGAGCACCCAGAAUCCUGCAGUGCAUCGCCCAGGAGAACGUGAUGCCCAUGCUCGCCUUCCUUGGACGUGGGAAAGGACCCAACAAGACUCCAGUGGCUGCAAUUUGCUUAACAAGUCUCAUCACCAUGGCUUUCGUCUUCAUUGGGCAAGUGAAUGUUCUUGCUCCCAUAGUCACCAUCAACUUCAUGUUGACAUAUAUUGCUGUAGACUAUUCCUAUUUCUCGGUCUCCUUGAGCUACAAUGUUCAGCAGAAACCUGACAAGACCCAGAUGGAAAAUGCUAGGCCUGCUCACUCAUCCCAGCCUUUAAUUUUCAACAAGCCCUCCAGCCGUGCAGCAGAUGGAGUAGUUCAAAGCAGGUCAAACGGCACCUUGCUGGAAUUCACAAAAGACAUGGACCAGCUUUUUAAACCAUUUUGUAGUGAGCCAGGUACUUGCAAAAAAGGAGGAUCUGAGAAUUUAACCCAAAAGGUCAAACAGAAGAAGGUAAAGAAGCCAGCCAAGCAGACAUUACAAGACAGCUUUCUCCUGGAUCUCCAUCACGAUGCUCCCCAGUACAGCUGGGAUGAGACCAUGGAGCCCCACAACGAGAGCCGGCAGGACCUGGCUGAGCAGGGCUGUCAGCGUGACGCGGGUCUGUGCUCAUCACCCACUGCGGAUGCCCAGCGGACACACGGACUGCUGGAGCCGGGGGAGCAGCUCUGCAGCGAGGUGCCGGCGCUCCCCGGCCAGAGGGGAGAAGAAUCAUCUAUAAAGCAACAAAAUCCAGAGCUGGGAAUUCAGCAAAUACCAAAAUCCUUCUACUCCAAAUUCUGCAAUCACUGGGUUUCCUUUGCUGGUGCAAUCGUGUCCCUCAUCAUAAUGUUUGUCAUUCAGUGGAUCUACACCCUUGUCAGCCUGGGUGCAGCAGUUACUCUGUAUUUCUACAUUGGCCAAGUGAGCCCAGGGCUCCCCCUUGGAGCAGCAGCGAAUUUCAGUUUCUUCAGCUGGAUUAAGUCGGUUUUGAUCACCUCGUGCAGGAGAAAGCCAUCUCCUAAGGAGCAGAUCGUGGUGACACCGUCCUUUGCCACAGUUGGCAUGGAGACCACGCAGCUCACCGAGGAGAACGCAGACUUCGCCUCGCGGGACCGCUAUCACCAAUCCUCACUUAUCAGCAGAGGGGAGUUCCUGAAUCAAUUCCAGUAA